AAAAAGAAGCCGUUUUCACCCAUCACCUCUCUUUCAAAGAGAAGUCUUAAUCAUCUUCUUCCAAAAAACUCUCUUCAGUGAUUUCUAAUCCCUUAAUCUCUAUAUAUAACUUUUCUCUUUUACCCUGAAUAUUCAUCGAAAAGUUCUUGAUUCUCUCAAAAAUUCAUCAAACUCUCAAACCUCAGAUUCUGUCUUUCUUUAAACAGCAAGAAUCUCACAUUUUACAGAGAGAACUAGAAAUAAUGGAAGAAUUCAAGACCAUCAAGAAGAAAACGUGGAUGUUUUCUAAUUGAUCUUUGUCAAACUCUUUCAACCCUUGUUUUUCACGUUAUGGAAUAUAUUACCAAUACAAGAAAGAGAAGAAGAAGAUUUACCAACAACAUCAAAGUUUGUAACCUGCAAAACUUUCCAACUCAAAAACUCUCUUUUUGGUUUGCUCCAACCAUUCAUCCUCCUGGUCUACUCUUCUUUUGCAUAUUGGCUCUUAAAAAAGUCUUUUAAAAUAAAUAUUUCAAAUGGCUGCUUAUUCUUUCAACGCAAAUUCCUCAUUCGGGCCUCGUUUUGGUAAACUAUACGAUCCAGUUUUUGGUGGUUUUAAUGGCGUUUUGCGAGGUGGGUCCUUGUCUCAGUCUCAGACUCAGUCUCAGUCCUUGGUAUUGGAUAGUAAAGAGGGAGACCUCGUCAUGCCUCCUGUGAAAUCGAGAAAGAAAAAAUUAUCAGAGGCCAAAGCUAUAGCUUCUUUGAAAAGUCAUAGUGAAUCUGAGAGGAGAAGAAGAGGGAGGAUCAAUGCUAAUCUUGAUACACUUCGCGGUCUUGUCCCUUGCCAUGAAAAGAUGGACAAAGCCGCCUUGCUUGCUGUAGUCAUAAACCAAGUGAAAGAACUUAAGAAGAAUGCUGUUGAAGCCAGCAAGGGUUAUCUCAUUCCAAUGGAUGAUGAUGAAGUGAAAGUUGAACCGCAUAAUGACGCAGCAGUAGGAGGAGCGUUCUUGUUCAAGGCAUCGAUCUGUUGCGACUACCGCCCCGAGCUUCUGUCUGAUGUAAAACAAGCUCUCGAUGCUCUCCCAAUGAAGAUAGUAAACGUGGAAAUAUCAACACUAGGAGAUCGGUUGAAGAGUGUUUUUGUUUUCAGCAGUUGCAAACGCGGGAAUAUUAAUAAUGCUGAGGCGUCCAACCUUCUUGCAAAUGCUGUUCACCAGGUCCUGAGUUCUUUCCUGGAUAGAGCAUCUCCGUCGCCGGAAUACUCACCACUGCCGAACAAGAGGCAGAGGAUCCCUUUUUUAAAUUCCUCGGGCUCAUCUUCUUAAGAGCUCGGAUCUUGUUGGUGGGUGAUAGUGGUUAUAUAUUUAUAUGUGGCUGCUUGACUUGACUGUUCCAGUUAGAUACACUUAUAUUGCAGAACUUGAACAUUUGAGGACACAGUUGUUCUGCAAAUUAAAGACUCUAAAAUGGUGAUCAACUAACUAUUGAUCAUCAUGAUGCUGUUAUGUAUCCCCCUCUGUGUAAUGGAAUUCCCUUUGAAUUUCCAAUGAGAUGCCAAACCAAAUGCUUCCUGACU